UUCCACCUGAGCCCACUCCAACCGCGACGCGCUCGGCGACGCCUCCACCGCCGUCACCUCCUCUUCGCCGCGCCGGCUCUUCGCUCUUGAGAGCCGUGUGUGGGGAAGGAGAUGCCCAGGGUCUCUGGGGCGCACCUUCCUGCUCCGCUCAGCCGCACCCAGCUUUAGAAGGCGCUCGGAGCAGCCACUCUCAGGCCCCAAUCAAGGCGCCCUCUAAGCCUCAGUCUUUGCUGAGACACCCCCCUCCUCGCCCAGCCGGUCUCUCUUCUUAGGGGCGAAGGUCCCUGUUGUCGCAUCCCUCAUGGCCAACCCCCUGCCGUUACUUCUCUGCUUUGCUCUGGUUGUGGCACGGGUCCGGGGAUCCAGCACUCCUCCCACAGGAACAAGCGAGCCCCCUGAUGUGCAGACGGUGGCACCCACAGAAGAUGAGACUCUGCAAAAUGAGGCGGACAAUCAGGAGAACGUUUUAUCUCAGCUGCUGGGGGACUAUGACAAAGUCAAGGCUGUGUCUGAGGGCUCAGACUGUCAGUGCAAGUGUGUGGUGAGACCCUUGGGCCGAGAUGCCUGUCAGAGGAUCAAUGAGGGGGCCUCCAGAAAGGAAGACUUCUACACUGUGGAAACUAUCACCUCGGGAUCAUCCUGCAAGUGUGCCUGUGUUGCUCCCCCAUCUGCUCUCAAUCCCUGUGAAGGAGACUUCAGGCUCCAGAAACUGCGGGAAGCAGACAGCCGGGACUUGAAGCUCUCUACUAUCAUAGACAUGCUGGAAGGAGCGUUCUAUGGCCUGGAUCUCCUGAAGCUGCAUUCAGUCACCACCAAACUGGUGGGUCGAGUGGUUAAACUGGAGGAGGAAGUUUCUAAAAACCUCACCAAGGAAAAUGAGCAAAUCAAGGAGGACAUGGAAGAAAUUCGAACUGAAAUGCAUAAGCGAGGCAAAGAGAACUGCUCUGAUAACAUCCUAGAUAGCAUGCCAGACAUUCGCUCAGCUCUGCAGAGGGAUGCAGCAGCAGCCUACGCCCACCCAGAGUAUGAAGAGCGUUUUCUGCGGGAAGAAACCGUGUCCCAGCAGAUCAACUCCAUCAAGCUCCUGCAGACACAGCCCCUGGCCCCACCCGAGGUGAUGAAGCCGCAGCGGCCCCUGCAGAGGCAGGUCCACCUGAGGGGCCGGCCAGCCUCCAAGCCCACCGUCAUCCGGGGCAUCACCUAUUAUAAAGCUAAGGUCUCUGAGGAAGAGAAUGACAUCGAAGAGCAGCAAGAUGAGCUUUUCAGUGGUGAGAACGGAGUGGAUUUGCUGAUUGAAGAUCAGCUCCUGAGACAUAAUGACCUGCUGACCAGUGCCACCCGGAGGCCACCAGCCACCCGUCCCAGUGCUGUGGUGACUGCUGACUCCUCAGCACUGCCUCAAGCCUCUGCCUCAGUGCCAAGCCUCCUUGACCCUGCUCUCCACACCUCAGAUGGACAGCUGUCAUCUGUACUCCACACCACCUUGGCAUUUCCAGACACCACAACGGAGGUACUUUCUUCUCAGGUCCCAGCCACCACAGUGGCCCCCACAGCCACCCAGCAACCUCCAGUCUCAGUGACCCCAGCAAUGGCUCCUGGAGAUGCAUUUGUGGAAGCUACACAUACAGUCCCAGUCCCUCCCACCACAGUCAGGACAGGCUCACUGGGGACAGAUGCAACUCCUGGGCAGGGAACAACCCCUGCCAGUGCUACCCUGAGCCCUGAAGAAGAAGAUGAUAUCCGGAAUGUCAUAG